CACUCCGCAAAUCCCACGGGUCACACGCUGGGACCAAGAUCUUAAACAACCGGUACAGAUCUUCCGCUGAAAUACCGCUUCAGUCAGAUGAACACACAUGGCUUUUUAGUUUCCCAGACUCCACUGGAUCGAUACCCAGCAUCCUCUACGUUCCCAGGGUUACUUCUCUAAAAGCGGUAGCACCCCUUUUUCCAUACCUAAGUCUAACAGGUGCAUUUCCACCCGGCCACAUAGGCACAGCUGGCACCGAGGUUCUGCUGCAGGUGUGUUUUUUUAAAAACAUAAUCAACAACUUCAUUAUUUUAGCAGAGGGUGUUUGGCUGACGCGUUCAAUAUCUAUCAUGGACCCGAAUGGCAAAACUUUCCAGCCCUGGAAAGAUUAUAUGGGACUGUCGGACACGAUCAGAAAGAUCCUGGGACCGAACACUGCCACUCAGUUCCCGAUGCUAGCCUCUACGAAACAUCUCCCCGAUGAAUAUUCACGGCCAGGUUACGCACCAGAAUUAGACCGUUCUGAUGCACCAAAUACGGCGGAUUUUAAACUUAUGCCAAGAUCCACGGGCCCCCGGGGGCCAACAGACAGCAAGAAAAGACGUGAGCCGCCAGAAUUACAUCCAUCAUCUGAGCGCAUGUUGUGCACUUUCUGUAAGCGCAACGGGGAGUCCGAGUUGGUGUACGGAUCCCACUGGCUGAAGAGCCAGACAGGAGAGGUUUUGUGCCCGUAUUUAUGGCAGUACGUGUGCCCCCUCUGCGGGGCUACGGGGGCCAAGGCCCACACCAAGCGCUUCUGUCCAAAAGUGGACCACGCAUACAGCUGCGUCUACGUCAAUUCCGGACGCUGAUGCAACAGGUGGCAAGCUAGCAAUAAGACACUGGGCUGAAGGCUGAAUCCUUUUGUGUGUGAUAUUUGUUUAGUAUUGGUGUGUUUUUACUUUGCUGGACUUUUUGUUGGUCAACAGCGUCUGUUUGGUGCUGGGUUUUUGCAAACUACUUUCAAGAAUGACUGCCAGAUAUUAUGUUUGGGAGAAGAACACCUGUUUAUUUUACAUAUUUUUAAAUGUCAAUGAUGUCCAGAUUCGAACAUUAUCACAAAACUACCCA